AUGGCCUCAGCAACUUCGUUCCGCCAAAUCAUCGGCGCCCCGCCCUCGACGGCCACGCCCACCGACAGCACCCUCGUCAUCAUCGACGCCCAAAACGAGUACGCCGAAGGUAAGCUCGCCGUGUCCGACGUCGAGUCCUCCCGCAGAGCCAUCGCCUCCCUGUUGCAAAAGUACCGCAGCGCGGGCGGCAGCAUCGUGCACGUCGUCCACGACACGCCGGCGGGCGCACCCGUCUUCACGCCCGGUACGCGGCUUUCAGAGGAGUUUGAGGAGCUCGCGCCCAAAGAUGGGGAGAAGAUCGUGCACAAGAACUUUCCUGGGUCGUUUGCCGGGACGGAUUUGCAGGAGCACCUUGAAGGGAAGGGGGAGCAGGGGAAGAAGAUUGUGUUGACGGGAUACAUGGCGCAUGUAUGUGUUUCCACAACGGCGAGGCAAGCUGCUCAGCGCGGCUUUGAUGUUCUCGUGGCGGAGGAUGCGGUUGGUGAUCGUGACAUUCCCGGGGUUGAUGCCGCCCAGCUUACCAAGGUCGCCUUGAGUGAGAUUGGGGACGCAUUUGGCACCAUUGUUCAAAGCAAGGACAUUGCGUAA